AUGUCGCAGUAUUCUGGAAAGAUCACCUUCUACGAGGGAAAAUGCUUCACCGGCAGGCAGCUGGAGGUCAGGGGCGACUGCGAUAACUUCCAGGACCGUGGCUUCAUGAACCGCGUCAACUCCAUCCGUGUGGAGAGCGGCGCCUUCUGCUGCUUUGACCACCCCGACUUCAAGGGACAGCAGUACAUCCUGGAGCACGGCGAGUACCCCGAGUUCCAGCGUUGGAACAGCCACAACGACCACAUGGGCUCCUGCAAGCCCAUCAAGAUGCACGGUGAGCACUACAGAAUGGAACUGUUCGAGGCCUGUAACUUCUCUGGCCAGUGUGUGGAGGUCUGUGACGACUGCCCCUUCCUGCAGAGCCGUGGCUUCAGCAAGAGCUGCAUCAACUCCAUCAAGGUCUACGGAGACGGAGCCUGGGUGAUGUACGAGGAGCCUAACUUCCGCGGCCGCAUGUACAUCGUGGAGAGAGGAGACUACUGCAGUCACAACGAGUGGCAGGCCGAGAACCCCAACAUCCAGUCCAUCCGUAGAGUGGUCAACUACUUCUAAACCUCUUCCCCUGU